AUGGGGCGAAAAUACUACUGUGAUUACUGUGAUAAAAGAAUACAAAACGAUUACAGAAUCAUCAAACAACACAAUGUAGGUCUCCCGCAUCUUCGAGCCAAGGCAGAGUACUUUCAGCAAUUUAAAGAUAUAGAGCAAAUUCUUGAAGAAGCUAAACAUAAACCACCAUGCCGUUCGUUGAAAGACGACAGCGAAUGCACAUUUGGAGUAUUUUGUCGGUAUCGCCAUUACACGCCGGAACAGAUGAGGGAAAUGGAAGAACUUGUUAAACACACACACUUCAUUCGUCAAAAACGAUCAGAACGCCUACGCAAAUACAUGCGCAACGUUAACGCUCGCACAGAACUAUUCGUUCAAAAACGGUUCGAUCGGCCUGCGGGUGAAAAAUUGCCACCUUCCUUUCAUUUACCUGCACAAUUUCCAUACUCAGUACAACCUAUAGUUCCAUAG